AUGGCUGAUGAGCGCAGCAGCCGGUGGCAGGAAGCGGAAGCCUCUGCUGCAUCUGCGUUCAUUGCCUUGCAAUUACCAUCUUACAGUCGUACCUGUACAUGUCAAGGAAUUGAUCCUGAGACUUGUGGAGCUUCAUUCUCUUUUGGCUGUUCGUGGAGUAUGUACUUUAAUGGCUGCAAAUUUGGUAGAAGCCCAAGCCCUAGAAGAUUUAGAAUUGAUCCAAGUUCUCCCUUACAUACCUACUAUGAAAGAAUUACUAAAGGACGUAUUCCAGAAAGAAGAUAUGUGAGACCGGAAGCAAUCUGUCCGGGACACGAGGCCAUGGAAAAAAACCUUGAAGAUAAUUUACAGAGUUUGGCCACACAAUUAGCUCCAAUUUAUAGACAGUAUGCUCCGGUUGCUUACCAGAACCAGGUACAAUUUGAACAUAUUGCCCGAGAAUGUCGGCUUGGCAACAAAGAAGGUCGUCCUUUUUCUGGGGUCACUGCUUGCGUAGACUUCUGUACCCAUGCCCACAGGGACAUUCACAACAUGAAUAAUGGGAGCACUGUGGUUUGUACCUUAACACGAGAAGAUAACCGCUCAUUUGGCAUCGUUCCUCAAGAUGAGCAGCUGCAUGUUCUACCCCUUUAUAAAUUAUCAGACACAGAUGAGUUUGGCUCAAGGGAAGGAAUGGAAGCUAAGAUCAGGUCUGGGGCCAUUGAUGUCCUCACACCGUGUCGCAAAAAAAGAACAUGUUUUACUCAGCCAAUUCCUCGUUGUGGGAAGAAAAGAGCAGCGAUGAUGACAGAAGUCUUCACGCGUAAGAUAAAGGCUGUGGAGAAGAAACUCAUUCCUCGAAUCAAGCGGAAGAAUGACUCGACGAUGCACGGCAGUAAGGCUUCAUCCCUGUCGCAUUUAGGUUCGGACCACAUUCAGAUGUACUCACUGAUCCCAUCCAUUCCUCACCCAGUGAAAGAGGCACAUUUAUCCCGAGACUUCCCGGCCGCCAACACUGCUUCGACCUCAACAUCUUUUAAGAACGAUGCCUCGGUUUCGUGCGGGUUUCCAGAAAGAAGUAGCGAUGCAGACUGCACGAUGCCUUCUGGGAGACAGAGUGAUGCUCAUGAUGCUGCUGGGGAAUGCGAUGGAAUCGCACAGCCUGGUGAAGUGAGUCCUCUUCCCGCUUUGCCUACUCCCAUGUCCGAUUCCCUGGUUGGUUCUGAGCCUCCCGCGGGUCCAUCUGAGCAGAUCCCUUCUAAUGAGCCAAACCAGCAGCCCCCACUCAUCACCUCUGCUCCUGAACUUGCUUCCUCUCUGAUGGAAGAUGAGCAGCAUUCGGAAGCAGAUGAGCCUCCAUCAGAUGACCCCCUGUCAGAUGACCCCCUGUCACCCACUGAGGCGAAAUUGCCCCACAUUGAGGAGUAUUGGUCAGAUAGUGAGCACAUCUUUUUGGAUGCCAGUGUUGGUGGGGUGGCCAUAGCACCUGCUCAUGGCUCUGUUUUAAUUGAGUGUGCCCGGCGAGAGCUUCAUGCUACCACUCCCGUCCAACACCCAAACAGGAAUCAUCCUACACGUCUCUCUCUUGUCUUCUACCAGCACAAAAACCUAAAUAGGCCCCACCAUGGCUUUGAAAUAAACAAGAUUAAGUACGAGGCUAAAGAACCUAAGAAUAAGAAAAUUAAGGUCUCAGAGCAGAGCGAUCAGGCAGCUAAUGAGGGUCCUGAGCUGUCCCCUGAAGCUAAUGAAUUGAACCAAAUUCCUUCUCGCCAGGCAUUAACAUUAACCCAUGACAAUGUUGUCACUGUGGCCCCUUAUGCUCUCACACACGUUGCAGGGCCCUAUAACCAUUGGGUAUGAAAGCUGUUCUCCCCUUUUUAAUGCCUUUGCUAGUGCAGUGUAUUUUUCCAAGGUGCUGUUAAAGGAAAGUCAUAUUGUUGUUUACUAGAUAGAUCUUCAUCUCACCCAUUUGAAGGCUGAAGUAAAACAAGCAAAUGCAGUAGGGUGGGUAUUUCUUAACUGUGACUAUAUAUUUUGACAAUUGAUAGAAGGUGCACAUUUUAAGCAAAAAUAAAAAGUUUUAUAGUUUUAAAUACAUAAAGAAAUGUUUUGGUUAGGUGUUAACCUUGAGAGAAUCACUCAGUUUGGUGCUUUAAAUAAGUCUGUUUACUAUGAAACGAGUAAUUUUUAGAGGCUUUUAACUGAUAAUGUGCUAUGAUGUAAAAUCAAGAUACACAGUGUUAACUCUACACAGCUCCUGGUGCUUAACCACAUCCACACAGUUAAUUAUAAGCUGAAUUAUUAUUUCAUGGUGCCAUUGUUUCAACAUCUUCCAAUCAUUGCUAGAAAAUAGGCAUAUUCCUUUGAAAUAAACCAAUGAAAAGUUUUCUCUCUUAAGGUGUCUCUCCUGUAUAAAAUAAUUCAUUAUUAUUAGUAAUGGUUGGACGCUGUUCAUAAAUUGUAAAUAUAUAUUUUAAAAGCACUUUCUAUUUUUAAAAUUAACUUGAAAUAGUAUAGUAUAAGAAUCCAAUUGUCUAUUGUUUGUGCAUAUUUGCAUACAAGAGAAAUCAUUCUUGCUGUGUAGAGUUCCAUCUUAUUAACUGCAAUAUGUAUUCAUACAUGUGUAUGGUUUGUGUUUUUUAAUGUGUAAUUUCUCAUUCAAAUAUUAGCUACUUAUAUAAAAUCAAUCAUGCAAAAAUUGUUAAUGAUCUCAAAUUGGAAUUUGAAAGAUUAUCACCAACAUUGAUUAAUAUUUUCUUGGGAACUAAGUAAGUGUGAACGCUUAUUGAGCAACAUUGACCCCAAUUUACUGUCACUGUAACUUUCUCAAUAUAAUCCAUCAAAGGUGUUUCCGAAAGGAGAUUUGACAUAACAGGAUUCAGAAGAGUCAAAUGCUUCUAAAGUUUCAAGGUAAUAAAAUACAAAAAUUAAGUAGUGAGAACCCUAACCAUCCCAAAUUGCCUUAUUCUGAAAGUCAUUCCAGUAGAGACUAAAAUUUUAGUAGAAAUAUUUUGAAAACAAAUUCCUUAUCAUUGCACAUGCCAAACAAAUAGUAGGAAUGAUAUAAAUAAGUUAGUCCAAAGUAGUUUAAAAACAUAUUAGUUUUGGGGAAAAUGAUAACUCUUCUGACGUAAUUGCCUAUAAUCUAGGUAACAGGAAAAUAGGCAUUCUGUUUAGUUUUUAAUCCUCCUAUUAUUUCUUCUAUUACGUUUUCCGGUUCAUAGCAAAACAAAAGAGAUUGUCCAAACCAAAUUUUAGAUCAAGAAGAAAUUUCAAUGAAAUACUUGAUUCUGUUAAAAUGCAGAGGUGCUAUAACAUUUAAAGUCUCAGAUUCCUUGGGAGUAUGGAAAACCUAACGGUGCUUCUCCCCUGGAAAUGCCACAGGAAGCCCAUAACCGCUAACACUCACAAUUCUGGUGCAAAAGCAAACAAUUCCAGUAAGCUCUCUAAAUAAAAUUAAUCAUAAAUUAUUAAAAUAAUAUAUGGUGCAAAGUAUCCGUUUCAAGCUUUUGACUAAUCAAAGUAAAGGAAUAUGAAGGGAUUGUAAAUAGCAAAAUGUCAUUGAUAGACUGUCUUGUACAAGUAGAUUUCUGCUUUUGAAUAGGUAAAAUAGGGUAGUAAUUCAUUAACUUGUUUUAGUAUGUUGUGUGCCUUAGAUUUCUGUUGUAAAACAUGUAUAUUUUUGUGAGCCUCUGGUUUCUUAUACAUUUAAGUAUAUAAAUAAGUGAUUGUUUAUUGUUUCAGCUGCUUAAAUAAGAUAUUUACUAGUAGUAGACCAUCAGGAAUAUACCCUUGUAAUAUUUUAUUUUAGGCCUUAGCUCUCACUUCAAGUUAUUUUCUCACCAGAUUUAAUGGAUCAAACUUAAAGAUCCUUUAUCUAUCCACCCAUCUAUCCAUUCAACACUUACUGAAUGUCUGCAAAAUUUAAGUAAUAGCUUUUGUUUUCUUUGAGUCGACACCCAUGACAGUAAACUUGAAGAAUUAAAAUCCUAGAAGAUACUCUAACACACAUUUUUCAAAAAAAAACCCCAAAAAACGUAAGCACAUUUCCUUCAAAACAGACCGUUGUGAUAUCUGUACAGCAAUUCAGAUCAGUGUCACUAAGUGAAAGUAAGUUUCCGUAACAAUAGAAACUUGAGGCACGCAUGUUGAUUUAAGGGAGUGUUGAGAUUUUUGAAAUUAGUUGCAGUUUACCAAAACAAAUACAUGAAAAUAUCCAGUCUUAGCUACAAAUGUCUCCAUUCAGUUAUAAUGAACACCUGCUGAACCCCAUGAUGGGAACCACACAUGUUUCCUGCAUUAUUGAACUCUUUCAUAAGUUUGCCAUCCCAUUGUAUGCCCUGUAAUUUUUUAAAAGCUCAUGCUUAAAUGUUCUGCAGCAUUGUGAUUGUAUACUGGCUACACUGCUGUUAGAAUGCUCUUUUUCAUGAA